ACUGUCUCUAGACUCCCAGGUGUCUGGAGUUUGUGUGGAGUAGAUUACAGGAGAACAAACUUUGUUUAAUUGUAGGUGUGGGACCUCAUCAAAUACACAAAAGCAUCAAAAUAAUCAAUUGGCUGAAUUUCUGAGAAAAUGAGUGGUCUUUUGUGGACAGAGGAGCAGUUUAACUGCCCUGUGUGUUUGGAUUUGCCUACUGACCCGGUGACCAUUCCGUGUGGGCACAGUUAUUGCAUGGCCUGCAUCGCAGAUUACUGGGAUAACGAGGGCAGGAAGAGCGGAACCUAUAGUUGCCCGGAAUGCAGACAGACAUUCAACCCUCGCCCGACGCUUUGCCGGAACACCAUGCUGGCCGAAGCAGUUGAGCAGCUCCGCCGGGGGAAUCUCAGCACCUCUGGACGGGAAUCCAUCAAGAGUGCCCGACAGGCGGCGUCCUCUGCCUCUGAUCGGGCGCGCACCCGGAGUGGCGGGGCCCCGAAACAGCUGCCGGGAUCUGCCGUUCCCUGCGACCGCUGCCCGGAGCCCAAAGCGGCCGUGAAGACGUGCCUGGUAUGCAUGGCGUCGUUCUGCGAGGCGCAUCUGAAGCCCCAUAAUAUGCAACCUAAUCUGCAGAGCCACGAGCUGAUCCCGCCCACCAGCGACCUCAGUCAGAAGAUUUGCCCCGAACACAAGUACCUGCAGGAGUUUUACUGCCAAUCGUGUCAGAUGUACGUGUGCUGGCUGUGCACAAGUAACCAGCACAAGGGCCACGAGAGUGUUUCCACUCAGGCAGAGCGCAAUGAGAAACAGAAAGAGCUGGGCGCAGUCGUUUCUGAGAAUCAACAGAGACUCCAGGAGAGAGAAAGAGAGCUCAAAGACAUGAAGAAAGUCUUAGAGACACUCACGCGUUCCUCAGGCAUGGUGAGGGAUGAGGCAGAUGUGGUCCUGUCUGAGCUCCAAGAGUCAAUGCAGCGGAUGUUGGAGUUACUCCAGGAGGUGAUGCUCUCCACCGGACAGGAAAAGGUCAGCGAGGCUCAGGACGUGGUGACCAAACUGGAAGCCGAAGUCAAACAGCUGAAGAGAAAAGAUACUGAGAUGAAAGAUCUCAUCAACUGCCAGGACCAUAUCUACUUCCUAAAGACGUAUCAGUCUCUGUGUUCUCCACUGGAGGGGGGCGAGUUGGGGCCUGUGACUGUGAACCCCGAAGCCACAUUUGAUCCUGUGAGGAAUGUCAUUCUCCAGCUCAGAGAGAAGGUUGAGGAGAUGUGUGACCAGGAGUUGGACAAGAUCAACAAGACAGUGUACAACACCACAGCGUUCACAGUGGCUGACCGCAACAGCCAAAAAAUGGGAGGCAUUAUGAAACUGUUUUCUGGAAAGGGAUCCAAAACUGCUCGUGUACAAGGGCCUCCACAGCUGCCAUCAGUGAGCACGCGGGGAUCUGGUGUAACUACACGUACACAAGCCGUCAGAAACAGUGAAUCACGUGUUAACAGAGCUGCUACAAGCUCUCCAAGACCCACAAGAUCACCAAGAGAAGAAAGAGAUGACACUGACAGGAGUAGAAAGAGACCAAUAGAGACACAAAGAAGAGAAGACAAUGACGACACCAGGAGUUUAAGUUCAGUCAGAUCAAGAGGGAGACAGAGACGAAAUGAGAGAGAGCAAGAAAAAGAGACCUCGCAAAGGCGUCAGAGUACACAAAGCAGAGACACACGUAAUGAAGAACAAGCUGACACCUGGAGUGUUACUUCAUUCAGACCCAGACAGACACAGCAGAGUGGAGAAGAGAGAGAUCAGGCAGAUCGGUGGAGUUUAAGUUCGCUCAGACCGAGACAGAAGGACAGAGAACAAGCCAAUGGAGAGACACAUAGCUCCAAUCAGCAAAAACCAAAUACCACAGACAGACAGCAACCUGCCAGACAAUCGGACAGAUGGAGUCUGAGCUCUCUCAUACCCAGAAACAGGAAGAAAAGACAAGACACAGUGAAAGAUGCCACACCCACUAUAACAGAGGCAGAGCCAGUGAGACCUCGUAGCCCCUCCUCUCUCAGUGCCUGGGGGGAGCCAAAAGAAGUGAAUCCCGGCAUGUUCCUGGACUCACCUACUGACAAUCCCAUGAUGAAUCCUGCUUUCUCCUCAUUGAGAGAAAUUAACAUUGCCAGCAUUCAGGCUCCUGAGCCCAGAACUAGAGAUGAGUUCCUGCAAUAUGCUUGUGAUUUCACCCUGGAUCCAAACACAGCUCAUCGGCGUCUAGUUCUGUCUGAUGGAGACACUGUAGCCACCCUACACCAGACGUCAAAGUCCUACACUGACCACCCUCUACGCUUUGAUGUCUGGACACAAGUGCUCUGCCUGCAGCCCCUUUCCUGCGACCGCUGCUACUGGGAGGUGGAGUGGAGGGGGCGUGGCUCCUCUCUGGGUGUGGCCAGUGGCUCCAUGCCCCACAAAGGGGCUGAUUCAGGGGCGGGGCUUGGUUACAACAACCAGUCAUGGAGCUUGGAGUUGUCAGACAUGUGCUGUGCGGCCAUGCACUCCAACAAGAAGGUGGAGAUUCCUGUGAUCUACAGCCCUCGUGUGGGGGUGUUUCUGGACAGAACUGCAGGGUCUCUAUCUUUCUACAGUGUUGAUGAUGGAUUGGUUCUUUUACACAGGUUUCAUGGAUCAUUUCCAUCACAGCUGUAUGCUGCAUUUGGUGUAGGCUGUGGGGUAGGUGUGGGGCUUGAUUUUGCCAUGGGCCAGUUUAAUUCCACAUCAGACAGCAUUAAAAUCUGUCCAUUGUGAUUUGUUGGGGAAAUUGCACAAAGAACAUUUCCAGGUCAUACCCCGCCCCCCAGUAUACAUUAAUUAUAAAAAUAAAUUAUAAUAUGAUAUAUUUAUAAUGUAAUUUUGAAGAUAAUUCAGAUUUUUGUGCAUCUGGAAUUUUGCAAUGCAGUUUUCCAGUCAUGGAAAAGUCAUGGAAAAGUUAGGAAAAUACCUAAAUGUCCUGGAAAAUAAUUAUUUGUUCUGGAAAAUAUUUUAGGUUAAAAAAACAUUUAACUGUGUUGCAAACAAGGUUUUUGUUACAUGUACAAAAUGGUAUUGAUCGGGACUCGGAAUAGGAGUCAAAUGCACAAAUUCGAAUUGUUUUGUCACUGACGGGGCCUGCGUAUUGUAAAAUAACGUCAACGGUUAACUGUCAUGAACAAAUCCCUGUCACAUAUAUUUUGUGCUCAUCUGCUGUCAUCUCUGCUUUGCUCCGACAAAAAUAGUUUAAGUAAUGGUAUAGUACAAAAUAAGUUUUUUUCAUUCCAACAUUGCUGUUGUGUUAACCACAAAAACAUUGAAAUUAUAUAUUUUAGGCAACGAUGAUGGUCAGACCAUGGAUUUUUUUUUUUUGACAACUAAUUUGACAACUCAGUAGUUGGUAGUGUGGUGAUUCGGCCUUCAUACCUCGGGAUGUGAAUUAAUUUGUAAUAAUUUAACAAUGGGAGUCUGCUUAUACCAGGGUUUCCACAUAUAGUAUGCGGAAAACAUGGACAGAAUCACGGAAUCUAGUAAAAAAACAACAACAUUUGUUUAAAUGCAAAAUGAAUCACAUAAAAAUUGCGAUAUGUCCCAAUGUGAUAAUUAAGAUGCAAAUUCUGUGAUUUAAUUGAAUAAAUAUAUAAUCUGCAAGUGAUACACACUUCAAAUUGAAUGUGUGAAGCCGGCCGCUGAUAUCACCAUCACGCUCGCUCUUGUGUGUGUGAGAUGACAGAGCGCAGAACACUUUGAAGUGUGCAGCACAUACAGACUAUGUAUUUAUUUAAAUAAAUAAUAUCUUUAUGGGGAUUAAUAAUCCCACUGGGCCAUGUAGCGAACUACUUAUCUGGAAGUGAGAAACUACAGUAAAAAAAAAACUGAAACGGCAAAAUAAAAACUCGAUUUAAAUUGACGCAAGUGUUUUUGCUUGUUGGUCACGUUAAAAUGUCCUGGAAAAUUGUGCCUUGAAAAGAGCGGGAACCCUGAUUAUGACAUUCUCAUGACAAUUAAUUAAAUAACUCAUUACUGCAAAUUAAAAUCAUUCUGUCCAGACACAAUAACUUUAUUAAAAUCAAUAAAAAAUUAUUACAGAACAACUACAACCAAGAUAUAUAUAUAUAUAGGUAAAUAAACACUUGCAGUAAUAAGAAUGAGAUUUUUACACAUUACCAUAAUGAUAACAAGGUGUGAAAUUGUGUUAAUUUUCAUGAAAAUAAUGACACCAAUGCAAUUAUAUUUUCUUUAUGAUUUAAAAUAUUUAUUUGCAUAACAGAAAAGGAAUGACAUUUUUACACAUUAUGGUAAUAACUGGGGGUGAAAAUGUGCUUAAUUAUCCUGAAAAAAACGACACCAAUGUAAAUGUAUAUACACUUUACAAUUUAACAUUUAUUUGCAUUAUAAAGAGAAUGAAAUUUGUACACAUUGUUAGCCUAAUGAUAAUUGGGGAUGCGCUUGAUUAUCCUGAAAAUAAUGACUGCAAUGCACAAUGGUAUCAAAUAUAGGGUUUCAUAUUCAUAUUUCCUUUUGAUUUUUGUGCAGAAAUAUAACCCAGACAUGUUCUUGACAGGUUUCAUGAGAUUCACACUGUUAGGGUUCAGGGUUAAAAUGGAUGGUUAAUGGUUGAAUGGUUAUGGCAAAUAA